UUUGUGGAGCUUCUCUCUCUUUUUUUUUAACAGGCUGCAUCAUCAAGAUCUUCUGUCAUUCAGCGUUACUGCUAAAAUUUGAUCCGUAAAAAACUCCCACAACUGAUCUAAGUUUCUCUACUGAUGGAAAAAAUGCUUGCUGUUGUGCUUUUAAACGAAUUUAUAGCCAAUCAAAACCAAAACCAUUUCUUUGGGUGACAGAUGUUCAGAAAGUGCUUUGUUUAAAGAUUAUACAGGUGUUUCUUAUCAGAAUGCAGUGCAGCCUCAUGAAGCUUUGCCUGCUCCUCCUCCUCUUUCACCCGCCUGUUUCCGCCGGCCCGGACGAGGCCGAGAAAGUGGUGCUGGAGGUCAUCACUGACAGCUCCCCCUGCAGCACCACCUGUGGGCUGGGGAUCAGGACCCAAACCCUGUGUCUGCUGAAAGACAGCAAGACGGCGCUGGAGGAAAAAGUGGGGAGGAAGAACGGAACUAAGGACGCGAGUCAAACCAAGGUGUCAGAGGAGUGUCGGGUCAGAAAGGUCAACUGUUUGGAAUUAUGGCAGUGUGGACUCCAGACUAUGACUGUGACAACAGGACAGAGGGUGGAGAUUGACUGUCUGGGCGAAGUCAUGGAGGCCAUGGGAAGAUUCUCCUGGAGGGUGUCAUGGCGCUACGCUCGAGGAAUUAUCACCUCAGACGACUCUCUCUUUGAGCGCUGGACAGCUCCUCUUCUGGACCGAAUGGUUCUGGACCCUGUUAAAGAAGAGAACGCAGGAACGUAUCGCUGUGACGUGCAGGAUACCAACUUCCGCAGAGUGAAGAGGAUCUACUGGGGCAUCCGGGUUUUACCUGUCGGGGUCGUCAACUUGGAUUAUGAAAGCGCUCUGGCCCGGUGGAAGCAGGAUGAAAACCAGCAGAAGGAACUUCAAACGGUUACUCAGGCCGUUCUUCUAUAUGCAGUGGGGAUCAGUCUGAGCCUUGCCACAGCCUGCACUGGACUCGUCAGCCUCUACAGAACACUGAAAACAAGAUGUUCCAACAAAUAAAAAAAGAGCAAUUUUCAAACUUU